AUGUAGACCGGCAGGAAGAGGAAGAAGCCGGUGCCCAAGAGCCUCAAACCAACGCCCCCCCCCCCCCCCCCCCCCGCCGAGGGCAUGAACUCCAAUCCCUCCAAGCAGCACCGGGAGUGGCUGAACCAGGAGCUGAACAAGCUGAUGGGGCUGCUGCCCUUCCCUGAGGAUGUGCGCUCCAGGCUGGAUAAACUCUCCAUGAUCCAGCUGGCCAUGGGCUACCUGAAGGUGAAGAGCUACCUGAUGGCUACAGCUCCAAACGUUGGCAGCUGCGUGGAUCAGCCCAGACCCCCAGGAGGGGACAGAUGGACAGAGCCGCAGGGUGACAGGGAGCUGUUUCCUGAGGGGGAGCUACUGCUGCAGGCACUCAAUGGAUUUGCCAUCGCCGCGACUGGAGACGGCUACAUCUUCUACAUCUCCCCUGCCGUGCGGGACUACUUGGGCUUCCACCAGUCGGAUUUCAUCUACCAGAGUGUGUACGAGAUGAUCCAUGCGGGCGACAGGGCCGUCUUCCGCCGCCAGCUGCACAGGACCCCACUGCAUGCUGCUGACAGUGAACACAGCGCCACGUCCAGCCCCCAGCACCUCCAUGCUGAGAAGCAAUCCUUGGUGGAGAGGAGCUUCACCUGCCGCUUCCGCUGCCUGCUGGAUAACUCCUCGGGAUUCUUGGCCUUGAAUUUCCACACCAUUACAGGGUGCCUGAAGUUCCUUCUUGGGCAGCAAAAGUCAGCAGCAGACAAGUCCCCAGUUGCUCUCUUUGCCAUUGCCACACUCCUCCAGCCUCUCUCCAUCCUGGAGCUCCAGACCAAAACACUGAUCUUCCAGACAAAGCACAAGCUGGACUUCACUCCCAUGGCCUGUGAUUCCCGGAGGAAGGUUGUCCUGGGAUACACAGAAGUGGAGCUGUGCAGAAGAGGGUCUGGAUACCAGUUUGUUCAUGCGGCUGACAUGAUGCACUGCGCAGAGCACCACGUGAGAAUGAUGAAGACAGGGGAGAGCGGGCUGACGGUAUUCUGGCUGCUGACCAAGAGGAGCAGCUGGGUGUGGGUGCAGGCCAACGCACGGCUGGUGUACAAACUGAUGCCCGACUGCAUCAUCGCCCGCCAGCAAGCCCUGUUGAAUGAAGAAGGGGAGGAACAUCUCCAGAAGAGAAACUUGCAGCUGCCUUUCAGCUUUGCCACAGGGGAAGCAGUCUUGUGUGGGAAUGACCUUCCUGGGUUCUUUGACUCAUUUCAAGCCAAGGAGGAGUUGCAGGUGCAAGCAAACUCCAAGUCAGAGCAGCGCUUGGUAGACCCCAGCUCUCUCCUUGGAGCCAUGAUGAAGCAGGAUGCAUCCGUAUACAAUUCCCACGCUGAUAACGUGCCUCAGGUCUCCCUGCUAGCUCUCAUCCCUGAGCCUGAUGGGCUGACUCAGAAGGAGGAUGUCAGCAGGGCCAAGGAGGACAGCAACUCCCUCCUGGUGGUCAUCGAAACCCUCUUUGAGAAGAGUGAGGUGGAUGGAAAUGUCUGCCAGACCCUAAAGGUGGACAGCACAGAGCUGCAGCAGUGGGAGGAGGCUCUGCUCAGCCUGGGGGUAGAGGAGGAGCCACUAGCUCAGGGGCUUGGCCAGAGGCCGGGCACCAAGGUGACAUCCUAUAUGGAGCAGAUGCUCCCCAGGGAGGGUGUUGGAAAGAGCCUGGACUUCCCACACUGCCAUGAGGAAAACAGUGCUAUGGCUCACUUCCAGCGCUGCUGGGCAGCUGGUUCAGCAUUCCCAGCACAGCCCCAGGCAGCGGGCACAUGGGGAGGCCAGGGGGCUGUGGGCUCCGUGGGCUCCGUAGCCUCCGUUACCUCUGAGGGCAGCUUUGCCCAGCCAGAGCAGCAGGUCCCGUUUAACCCAGCCGGGCCGGUGGCAGGGACUGUGCUGGCUGUUCCCAUCUCCAGCAGCAAAUCCUCUGCAGACUUCAGCUGGCAAACCAAGCGUUUCAGGUAG